AUGAAUUACUAAAUAGUUUUCAUUAUUUUUUGCUUAAUUAAUAUUUCGAAUUCAUAAUGGGAACCAAAAUACUAAUACUUAUGUUAUAAUAGCAUUUAUACUUAAAAUAAUGGGCCAUCUGCUUCUGACUUUGCGGGAAACUUUUUAUUGCCCAACCAAUUAAUAACAGCAAAGUUUAUAACUUGCACAAAACCUUCAAUAAGCUACAUUACUCUUAAUAGCAGAUAUCCAUCGGCUUAAAUGGCAUAUAAGAUAGAGUAUGAGAAUGGAUUUUUUUUAUCUGUGGAUUUUUAUUUUCGAGGUAAAUGGACAUCUCAAACUGUUACUAUUACGAUAGACUCAUUUUCACACUCAUUUAUCUACAAUUCCCCUACCAAUUAUCUAGCAAAAACUGGAUUUUGUGAUGACAUGGAUUACGACAUUAAAACUAUUAAUUUUAUAUUUUCAACAUCAGUAGUAGGCAAAUUGUAGUUUACAUCAUCUAAUACAAUUGAUGGAUAAGUUUCAAUAAGAAACUUAUAUAUUUAAGGUCCCAAAUGCUACCCAUCAUGUCUAAAAUGCACAGGCCCAAAAUCUAAUUAAUGUACAAAAUGUUAUUAUGGAUUACCUCAAAACAAUAUUUGCCCGCCCUGCCCAUCUCAUUAAUUUUAUAUGAAAAGAAUUGGAUGCAGAGAUAUUUGUGAUAUUAGUUAUCCGCUUUACUAUAAUGGUUUUUGUUAAAGUUAUUCAAGUAUUUAUUUUUAUUGAAAUAUUAUAGUUGAAGGAUUGGUUUCAAAACUUUAUAAUAGGAUUAAUUUUAAUGGUUUCAAAUAUAUGACCCAUUAAACGUAGAUACAUCUCCAAAAGUAAUUUCUGAUUAUUAUGGGAUUUUUAAGUUUAAUUCUGGUGUCUAAAAGUUUUACGAAUCACUUACUACUUAUUCUUAUGCAAUUCAUUUAAUUGGAUUGAAAAUUACAAUAUUCACUUUUAAUGCUAUUCCACUUAAUUGUGGAAUAAAGUUUUUAAUUAUGGAAGUAUUCAAAUUAAAUAUCUUAUUAUAUAGGAAUUAAUAUAUAUUUAGGUUUAAUUAUCAAUCAAAUAAUUUUCAAACUUAGAAACCCCAUAAUAAUACUUAUUUUGGUUCAAUUUAUAGAAAUGAAUCAGGAAUUUAAACACAUAAUAUAAAAAUCUAUUAUAACUAUGAAUAUGGUUCAUUCUAAAAUUAUUAAUCACAUUAGAUGAUUCAGUUAAUCACAUACGUUGAUGUUCCAAAGUAACCUUUUCUUUUUUCAGCAAUAGGAAAUUAUUCGUAAAUAUUCAUAUCUUUCAAAUUAGUGAUAAUACUGCAGGAUGGGGAUUGUACAAAUUUGAAGUUACGACAGGAUUUUGUCCUUCUUCCUGUUUAUUGUGUGAGGUAUCAUUUAAAUGUAAGACUUGUCAAGUUGGAUCCUAUAAGUAUAAUAAUAAUACUUGCAUAUACGGUUGUUCAUAACGAUAUUAAAAAAAAAAUGGCACUGAUUGCUAUGAUUUUGAUAAUGAAACACCUUGUAUCAACUUUCUAUAUAUUUAGAUUCUUAAUAUUUAAGUUUAGACUUUAUAGAUUUGGCACACGAUCCUGAAUAAAUAUGCAGAAUAUAUAUUAAUUUCUUAAAAUGGGAACAAUUUUUUAAAAGGAUCAAAUAUAUACUAUUCUUUUUUAUAUUGGGAUUAUCUUAGGUAAAGAAUUUUUGGAGGUCCUCUCAUAUGGGCAUAGGCAAAGUUUGAAAGGACUCAUACUGUAGAUGACCCACAUCAUAGUAUCACCAUUGCAUUUUAUAUAUUAUAUGGGCCAGCAUUCCCUUCAGAUGGUUAAUUUAUUUAUUAAGUGGAAAAUAAUUCACCAGUUUCUAAAUCAACCAACAAUGUUAUUGAUUCAUAUUCUAAUGGUGUAAAAUAUGAUAGAGUAUAUGAAAGAAUAAAUCAUGAUACAACAACAUUAACGAUAAAUUGGGAAUGCUUUGGAUUAAAUAAUGAACCUAUUAAUGCUUAUUGUGGUUUUUAUAAUUAUUAUGUUGCUGUUCAUAAAUGUUAACCAUAUUGUUUAAAAUGUUAAGACUAAAAUACUUGCACAUAAUGGAGCAGCGAUUAUGAUGCAAAUGUUGUUAAAUUCUCAUAAGAUUAAUGUUUAAUGAAUUAAUAUUUUGAUAAUGAUUCUUAUAGAUGUUUGGAUUGUCCAAUUUCAUGUUUAACUUGCACAUCUAAAAUAGAUUGUCAAACAUGUAAAUCUACCUAUAUUUAAACUAAAUUAGGAUGUAUUUGUAAAUUGAAUCAAUAUGAAGACUCGAAUCAAUGUUAAGAUUGUCCAAUUGAAUGUAAUUAAUGCUUAAAUCAAACCAACUGCUUAGAAUGUUUAUCUACAAACUAUAGAUAAUUAAAAAAUCAAUAAUGUAUUUGUAUUGAUGGAUACUAUCCAAUUUAAUUAAAUCCUAAAUGUGAAAGAUGCCAUUAAUUUUGUAAAACUUGCACUGGGCCUACUUUCAAUGAUUGCUUGACUUGCAAUGAUAUUGAUAAUAUUGAAAAUGUAGGAUCAACUUGUAGGUGUCCAAUAGGAUUAUUUUAUUAAUUAACAUCAAAAUCAUGUUUAUAGUGUCACCCAUCAUGUUAGGCUUGCUUUUUAGAGACAUUUGAUAGUUGUUUAACUUGUGAUGCAUCUUUAAAUAGAAUUUUAAAAGGACUAAAAUGUACAUGUGAGCCUGGUUAUUAUGAAUUAAAUAAUAUUUGUACAAGUAAUUAUAUUUUUAUAUAUUUUAGAUUGCCCAAAUACAGAAGAUGCUUUAUUAAGUUAAUGUUAUAAAUUAUGUAGUAAUAAUUAAUAAAUAUGGCAUACAAACACAUGUAAUUUUUGUGAUUCAGGAUUUCAUUUAAUUUCUGGAGAAUGCCAACCUAUCUGUGGAGAUUUAUAAAUUGUUGGAUAUGAAGAAUGCGAAGAUAAUAAUACUAUUUUAGACGAUUUAUGUUAUAAUUGUUAAUUUUAAUGUCCAGUUCAUUGUUUAACAUGUGAUGAGUCAACUACUUUACCUUGUCCUGAUAUUUGCGGAGAUGGAAUUAUUACUGGAAUGGAAGAAUGUGAAGAUGGGAACACUAUUUAGUAUGAUGGAUGUUUUAAUUGUCAGUAUUAAUGUUAACUCUCCUGUACAAAAUGCAUUAAAGGAGAGUGUUUUGAAUGUAAUACUGGUGGGUUUUUUGUUGAUCCAACUGUUUAACCUUGGAGAUGUUAAGAAAGAUGUGGAGAUUAACUAAUAGUUGGAUAAGAAUAAUGUGAAGAUGGUAAUCAAGUUGAUACAGAUGGAUGCAAAGAUUGUAAAUAUUUCUGUAGAAUUGGAUGUUCUUCUUGUGAUUAUACUACUAAUACUUGUUUAAGUUGUGAAUUGCCAGGAUUUAUACCUGAGAAGUUCUAUUGCAAAAAUAUUUGUGGAGAUAAAUUUGUAGUAGUAGAUCCAUAUGGAUACUAUUAAGAGGAAUGUGAUGAUGGAAAUACAGAUGAUGAUGAUGGAUGCAAUAAUAAUUGUAAAUUUUAAUGUUAAUCACCAUGGAUAUGCAAGAGUUGUAGUAAUAAUCGAUGUUAGGAAUGUUACCCUGAAUAUUUCCUCACCGAAAAUUAAUUAUGUAUAUCUAUUUGUGGAGAUUCAAAAAUAGCAAUUGAUGAGUAAUGUGAGGAUAUAUUUAUAUUACCUUAUAAGGGUUGUUAAAAUUGCAAAGCAAAAUGUUAGUCCUCUUGCAUUACUUGUGAUACUACUGGGAAGGGUUGUUUAGCUUGUAGGAAUGGUUACAGAAGAAUUGAUAAUUUAUGCUAUUCAAUAUGUGGAGACUAAAUAGUAACUGAAGAUGAGGAAUGUGAUGAUGGUAAUUUAAUAUUUGAAGAUGGUUGUAAUUAAUGUUCAUUUAGUUGCCCUAUUACUUGUUCAAAUUGUCAAAAGGGUGUUUGUCAUGAUUGCCAUGAAGGUUACUAAUAUAUUAAUCAUUCAUGCGUUAAAAUUCUUAAAUAAGAACAUGAUCCAAGAUGUAAUUCUUUUUGUUUGAGCUGUAGUAUUGAAAGACAAGGUUGUUUGACUUGUUAGGUUGGAUUUGUUAAUAUUAAUGGUAUAUGCCAUCCUAAUUGUGGAGAUUAAUUAGUUGUUGCUGAUGAAUAGUGUGACGAUGGUAAUUUAAUAUUUGAAGAUGGUUGUAAUUAAUGUUCUUAUAGUUGCCCUAUUACUUGUUCAAAUUGUCAAAAGGGUGUUUGUCAUAAAUGCCAUGAAGGUUACUAAUAUAUUAAUCAUUCAUGCGUUAAAAUUCUUAAAUAAGAACAUGAUCCAAGAUGUAAUUCUUUUUGUUUGAGCUGUAGUAUUGAAAGACAAGGUUGUUUGACUUGUCAGGUUGGAUUUGUUAAUAUCAAUGGCAUAUGCUAUCCUAAUUGUGGAGAUUAAUUAGUUGUUGCUGGUGAAUAGUGUGACGAUGGUAAUUUAAUAUUUGAAGAUGGUUGUAAUUAAUGUUAUUUUAAUUGCCCUAUUACUUGUUCAAAAUGUCAUCAAGGGGGUUGUGUAAAUUGUCCAAAAACUAGUUUAUUAUAUAAUCAAAAAUGUUUAGAAGUAACAGAAAAUUUUAAUCAAAAGGAAUACAAUAAUUUUUAAUUUUCAUAAUUAACCAUAACUCAGGCCUUCACAACAACUCCUAUUUAAACGAGUAGAAUUCAAAUGAAGAUCAUUGAAUUUGUUUAAUAAGUUUAUAAUUAGGUUGGUCAAUAUGCAGAAUUUAUGGGUUCAAGUUUUCCAUUUAUAAACAUAGAAAUCAAUAUCCAGUGCAUUUAGAAUAUGUAAGUUAAAAGUCACUUUAUUAAGCAUACUUAUGAGAAAGAAGUUAAUAAUGAAGAAAUAUUAUUUUCAUAUGGUUGUCACCAAACAUUUAACCAAGAUAUAACAUUCUCUUUUAAGUUAGAAAAAAUAGUCUUAAAAGAUGAAAUCUUGGUAAUAGCUAUUUCUGAAGAUGAGUUGAAAUUAUCAUCCUUAAAAGAAAAGUAUACACAAAGGCUUUUAUAUAUUACAUUUGAGGAUGUUUGA